AGUUUAUUGUAGUUAAUGUUACACAUUGUUUCAACGAAAGUUCGGUAAAAUCCAAGUGGGUCUGUGCGCCAGGAGAUUCGAUUGAAAAAGGUACAACUGGACGGGAAAUGCUUGACGGAGCGAUAUAAGUGUUAGCCGGCGCCAAUUAUGUGUCGUCAUAGCUAGACGGCUACGUCACACUGUGUAGUCUAGCCGCUGCAAAUUGUGACGCUGCACUAACUCGUCCAGUGCCUCCGUCAACGCCGUCCGCGUGAGCUGACACGGCGAAUUAUUUUCUACGCGGUGCAUUUGUCUCAGUUAGCGCGCAUCCGGAGGCCAAGAUGGCAUGGAUGAUGAAUUGGGCCCUGCUGAUAGCGAUAAUUAUUCCAACUGUCGGUGGCUCGAUCAUCGGCGAGGUCUUCGUGAAGAAAAAUAUGGCCUGGUACGAGUCGCUGAAAAAACCUAAGUACAAUCCACCGUUCGCGUUCGUAUGGACCGCUCUCUACUGUAUGAUGGGCCACGCGUCCUACUUAGUGUGGCGGGACGGGGGUGGCUUCGAGGGGGCGGUUCUACCCCUCAGCGUUUAUGGCGUCAAUCUCGCCCUCAACUGGCUGUGGACGCCGCUUUUCUUCGGGAUGCACCGACUAAAAUGGAGUCUCUACGAAGUUGUGAUGUUGGACGCCAGCACGGCCGCGCUCGGGAUCGUGUUUUAUCCAGUCAAUUCCGUCGCUGGUUACAUUAUCAUUCCCUACUUCGUAUGGGUCUGUUACGCUACGCUGCUUAACUAUGCCAUUUACCGAAACAACAAAGAUCUCCCCGAGAAGAUCAAGAAUGACAACUAAAUGAGAUGGAGAACGUCGCCCGUAAACGUCCGCUGAGAAACUCAGCAUCUCGUGUCAGCGCAGAUGUACUUUGUAGAAUCAAGUUUUUGGUAUCUGAUUUGAGCAUACAUUGCGUGAAAAUAUACUGAUAGACAUUUGCCGAAAGAAAAUCGAAGAAAGCAAAGAGAAGUAUCGCUGCAAAAUUUUUCAUCAAAAUCUAUCGCUUCUUUUUACUU